UGCCCUCUAAACAAGCGGGUUCAAAAUAAACUAAGUUGACAACAAACUACAAAGUAGAUUUACCGCAAAAGAUAUUUUUUGUGAUCUGAAAUCCAUGAGAGAAAUACGAAUUUUUGCAAAUCUCAUUGUGAAGUGAGUUCAAUAACCAUAAUAGUGUAUAGGUUACGAGUGAAAUUAUGAAGAGACGAAAUGCCGAGAUUGCUAAGAUGAGAAGGCCCAUGAAAAAGAACAAAAUUACUGAAGGAUUUUAUGGAAGCACACUUCUCUACCUGAAAUUCAUAAUUCUCUGGGUGCUAGUGAUCUUAGCAGACUUCAUCUUGGAAUUCCGUUUCGAGUUCCUCUGGCCAUUUUAUCUUCUCCUCCGUUCAGUGUAUGACUCUUUUAAAUAUCAAGGCUUAGCUUUUUCGAUAUUUUUCGUGUGCAUAGCAUUGACUUCCGACAUGCUGUGUUUCUUCUUCAUACCAGUACAUUGGCUGUUUUUUGCGGCGAGUACUUACGUUUGGGUGCAGUAUGUUUGGCAUACGGAUAAAGGUAUUUGUGCCCCGACGAUAAUCCUCUGGAUCCUGUUCGUCUACUUGGAGGCGGCAGUGCGCCUGCGCGACGUCAAGCACAUGCCCGGCCACCUCGACCUGUGCCGGCCGUUCGCCGCCCACUGCAUCGGCUACCCGGUGGUCACGCUCGGCUUCGGCUUCAAGUCGUACGUCGGGUACAGGAUGCGGCAGCGCAAGCAGCAGGUGGUCGCCAAAGAGAACCGCUUCUACAUGCAGCUGAUGCAGCAGGCGCUACCGGCGGAACCUGCGGAAGCGGCGGUGGAGAAGGAGGCGGAGCUCGACGGGAUCGAGAGGGUGGCGGUGGCGGUGGCGGCGAACGCGGUGGUGGCGACGCCAGCGGCGGUGGUGGCGGUGAACGGCGGCAGUAGAGUACACAAUAACAGGCAGUCCCAUGAAAAAAAUGGUCACAUACCAAAUGGAACCAUAGCCAAUGGGGUGCAACACAAUACACACAGUGCAAAAUCGCACCACAGGAAAUCCGUCGAGAAAUGCAAAGACCAGGAUCAACAUGAUCACAGGCAUUCUGACAGACAUAUAGACAGGCAAAAAGUGAAUCAUUCACAUAGCAAUGGUUCAGUGGUUAACUCGUCCGUAGAGGAAGUUCAACAGGAACCAGUUGAUCCCAAACCGACGAGGAGAAGAGAAAAGAAAGAGCAGGAUAAAGAGAGAGAAGCUGCAGAGUACCUUCAGAGGUUAGAAUCUGAAACAAAAAGACUAAGAUCAGACCUACAUCUCAGUAGAGCUAGUGAACAAGAUUUGAGACUACAGGUUGCUUCAUUGACCACAAGUGAAAAAGUUUCAAGAGGAGAGAUAUCUUCCCUGCAGCGGGAGAUGGAAGACGUUCAGCAAAAAUUGCAGAGCGCCCUAAGUACAAAGUCAUCAGACAAACAAAUGAUAAGUAAUUUAGAGAGACGGAUUACAGAAGAGAGGCGACUGAGAUUGAACUUGGAAUCUCAGUUGAAUCAAGAAAGAAAAAGUCGAAAACAAGAUGAGGCCAGAGCAGCACAGGUUGCGGCCCAACAGUCGUCGCGCGGCGAAUGCACCGACUCGUGCAAAUCGCGGCGGCGCGAGCUGGAACUCGAGUCUGCGGACCUGCGCACGGCCAAACGUUGGCAGGACGACAGAGUGCAGGCGCUCGAGCGCGACAACUCGGCGCUGGCCGAGCAGAUGCGCGACACCGAGCUGCUCAUGUCGGCGUUGAGCGCCAUGCAGGAGAAGAACGCCCAUCUCGAGAACUCGCUGUCGGCGGAGAACCGGGUGAAGUUGGACCUGUUCAGCGCGCUGGGGGAGGCCAAACGGCAGCUCGAGCUCAGGGAAAAUGCAAACCGAGCUCAAGAAAAAGAAAUCGAAGAGCUGAAAAGCAAGAUAGCACAGGUGCUGGCAGUGAUGCCCAACGACACCUUCAGUAGCCCCACAACCUCCAACAAUGUUUCAAGAGUCCGGCUAGCCGAAAGCCCCCCUUCUAAUCUCGAUCCGAACGCGACGGCAUACACACCCAAAGGCUCCCUUGUCGCUUCCACGGAAGCCUAGAUUGGCCCCAUGUCUCCCGAAAACGAACUCGUACUGAGUCUCAGAUCGCCAGCAUAAAGAGGUAUGAUGAGUACAU